UGCUCCUCCUCCCAGACAAGAGGGAAAGACGUCUACAGCUCGAGCGUCAAUUCUCACAACUUCCACCUUCACCCAACAUUCCACCGCCAGCUUCCCGAGGCAUUCGAGCUCACCCUUGCUUCCUAGACCUGACGUGGCGUGGAAUCUACAUCUACUCCGUCCCCUCCGUGCUAAUCUCGCUCCACAAUCCAUCCGAUCGUCGAUCCUAUCCUAGCCAGCGCACCUCGCCGACUUGCCUGUUCUUGGAUAUCACGCUCGCCAUCGACAUCGCUCCUUGCCCACAAUCAGCAAGACGUGUCGUCGACUCCUCACCAUGUCGUCGACGCGUUAUACGCAGCAGCCGCUGCAAAUUUACCAAGAUUCAAGCGCAUCCUAUGACCACGCUCCCAUGCCCCCGAUUCCGAGCCCUAUACGUCCGAAGAAACCAUCACCGCUUCGUCCGAUAAAGAAUGCCUCUUCGAGAAGAAACAUUGUUCUCAACCCCCCUCAGCAAGGAUACAGCCCGCAAUCACCAUUAAAGUCGUCUCAGCAGACAUCUAGUUCGCCCUCAAGAGCGCCCUUCAACAGCAGACUGAAUGUGAUUUCGAUGCCACCACCGGGCAGGCCUAUGCACCAAACGGAUUCCAUGGAGAAGAAGCAGCCAUUGAUGUCUAAGUUCAAGCCGCAGAAGGCCCUAUUUACAACAUUCGCGAGUACAAAGUCCACGGACAAGGAGAAUUAUCCCAUAUAUGAGCAGCAUACAACUUCUUAUCGCAAUGGAUUCGAUGAAAGCAACUUCUCCCUUGAAGGCCUGUACGGUCAGAAGCGGGCAGCCAAGCGAACUCUGUUGGAGGCACCAUCAAUCCAUGAAUCGAGGGCCUCCAAGAGAUCGAAGACCGAAGAAAGGCAAGGAGGAGAAGCAGUUGAGGAACAAGUAGAGCUUCCUGCGCCUGAUUCAUUUCCGCCUCUUCAUGACGAUGGAACCAAACCACCGCAUAGUUACGCACAGUUGAUCGGAAUGUCUAUAUUAAGAGCACCAGCUCGUCGAUUGACCCUUGCCCAAAUCUACAAAUGGAUAUCCGAUACCUACUCCUUCUACAGUCCGUCAGAUGCUGGCUGGCAAAACAGUAUUCGCCAUAAUCUUAGUCUCAAUAAGGCCUUUAUCAAGCAAGAGAGACCAAAGGAUGACCCUGGAAAAGGAAACUAUUGGGCUAUUCAACAAGGCAUGGAGCAUCAAUUCAUCAAGGAAAAGCCGGCGCGAAAGUCUGUGGGUCCAAAUGAGAACGUAUCCUUACUAUCUACGAACCUUGCGCCUGUGACGCAACCGGAGAGCUCACAAUCCUCGUUCAAGCCCCUUACCCCAGCAGUUCAAGACUUGCCUCCUCAAUCAGCGUACACCAUGCCGGAGGCCCCAUCGCGUGCUCAUCCAGAAUUGUCCUCUGACGCUACAAUUCCAGCAUCAGACGCUUUCAAUCCUGAAGCAGACGCCGGGGAAGAAGCCCGGGAACUACCACCAUCCUCCCCCCUUAUCCGCUCAUCACCACCUGCGGCUAUGAUGCACUCGUCACCACCUAUGCCUCACGUUAUGCCAAGGAUGAACGCUACUCCACCUCCUGUUCCACGAUUCCCUUCCUCCGAUCGAACACGAUCUCACAAACGCAAAUUCGCAUCCAUGGAUGACAGUGGCUAUUUCUCAUCACUCGAUUCAUCUGCCAUGAGACCACAUCAGGCUAACCGGUUGCUUACUUCAGAAGCUGAUCGCCCGCGUAUAAAGCGAGGACGUGCUGAGGAGGAAAUUGCACGACUUCGGGGCUCUUCAUAUGAUAGUCCAACAAAGGGUCGCACCGCCACAUCAAGCUUUGCUCCCCCAUCCUCAUCACCAUUGCGUCGGAACCAGAAACAUAAUGGCCCAUCUAACAUGCUACCACCUCUUACACCGGCUGUGAAGUUGCAGCCUCCAGUAAGGCCAGCUCCACCCUCUGUUUCACCAAAUACGAACCUCCGUCUGCAUCGUGAUAGGGUUCGAGAACUGGUGGGUUCGCCGGUUCGAGGUAUGGGAAUCUUAGAUUCGAAUCUACCGCCUUGGAGCCCUGCUUUCUGCUUGGAUGACAGCCCAUUCAUUUACGGUGACUUGAACAACGACUUUGACAUCUUCGCCGACAACAAUUCUGGAUUUCUUUCUGUACCUGGCAAUGGUUCUCCUGAGAAGCGAUCAGCAAAGAGACCCCGCUUGGACCGAUCUAGAUCUGCCAACUCCGUGGCUGAUAACUCCAAUUACAAUAAGAGUAAUACCUCCACCCCCUUGGUGAAGGUUACACCAAAUCUAGCCCCAUCGGCACUUGACUCGCCUGUCAAGGGACUUGGUUUUAUGGCCUCACCUAGCAACUUGCUUAGCCUCAAGUCACCGAUCAAACUGGGAUCGCCGCCAUUUAGCGUCUCUGCCUUCGGCUUGCCCCAGGACGAAGAGUUCUAUGGUUCUGAAUUCCUAUCCGAAGAAGCUACUGACUUCUCCGGUAUGGACAUCAUGCAAGGAUUCCAAAAAAUUGGUGCCGGCGGUCAGUCUUCUCGCGAUACACCAAAGACCAACAAUUCUCGACCGUCAUUCGGCCGAAACUUCACUUCUCAAUUCUAAACCUCUGGCCUUCAAUUACGGGCAGAAGUGGACGGAUAACGAUUUUCUUUUCC